GCGCUUCCGGGUCCGGGGCUGCCGUCGCCUCGGAGGUGCUGCUGACGCCUCCGUCGGGGCGCUGGGGACUGGGUUCCGGAAGUUGCCGCAGCCGCCACCCUCCUCCUCUCCUCCUGGGAGACAGGGGCUUGGGCAGAGUCGGUGCGAGCCACAGGACAGUAUGCAGUAGCGAGAAAGCUGAUUUUUAAAUCUGGUAGAUAUCAGAUAACUGUGAUGUCUUGAACCCUUGGAAGGUUUUGCAAGUUCAUCAGGUUUAAAUGGAAAUUUUGGCUGCUGGAGCUUCUUGAUGGCCCUUCAGUGAUUCGCCAGUAAAUUCUAGGUCAUCGUUGCGUUGGUUUAGUGCUGGUUUGGGGGGAGAAGUCAACGAGGGUAGACCUACUGUGGAAAAUGUUUGCCAAACUUAAAAAGAAGAUUGCAGAGGAGGCUGCCAUUGCACCACGGCCAGGAGGAGCUGCUCGAAUCCCCAGGUCUAUCAGCAAGGAGUCAGUUGCUUCUGUGGGAGCUGACUCAGGAGAUGACUUUGCUUCAGAUGGAAGCAGUUCUCGGGAAGACCUUUCAUCCCAGUUAUUUAGAAGAAAUGAACAGAUAAGGAAACUAGAGGCCAAACUUUCUGAGUAUGCUGAACAGGUGCGAAACUUGCAGAAGAUAAAAGAGAAGCUUGAAAUUGCAUUAGAGAAACACCAGGAUUCUUCCAUGAGGAAAUUUCAAGAGCAGAAUGAAACAUAUCAAGCCAACAGAGCCAAAAUGGCAGAAGGAAUGGCUUUGGCAUUAGCAAAAAAGGACCAGGAAUGGGCAGAGAAGUUGGCUCAUCUUGAAAAAGAUAAAAGGCUGUUGACAGCUCAGUUACAGGAAAUGAAGAACCAAAGUUUGAAUCUAUUCCAAAAGAGGGACGAAAUUGAUGAAUUAGAGGGAUUCCAGCAGCAGGAGCUGGCCAAAGUCAAGCACAUGCUUUUGAAAAAGGAAGAAAGUCUGGCGAAAAUGGAACAGGAGAUGGAGGCAAGAAGCAGAGAAUUGAGUCAUGCACAUGAGGAACUGUUGGCCUCUAUUCAGGUCUCUUCAGAUUUAAGCUGUGAGCUGGAGAUUUUGCAGAGGCAGUAUUCGGCGCUGGAAGAACAGAGAGAUCACUUGUUGGCUGCAGAAACAGGUGCAGAAAGUAAGAUCACUACUUUGGAACAGAGGGAACAGGAACUACAAAUGUUCAUUCAGCAGCUUUCUGUUGAUUUGCAGAAGGCUGCUGUCAAGGCUGAAGAGAGAGAGAAACUCAUCGAACAUUUGCAGGAAAAAGUUUUGUCCCUGGAGAAGAGACUAGAAGGAAAUUUGUCAGGGGAGGAACAUGUACAGGAACUACUUAAGGAGAAAACUGUUGCAGAGCAGAAAUUGGAUGACACAAGGCAGCAGCUGUUGGCUGCUAGGACCAGCCAAGCUGAGACAGUUAGCCUGCUGGAGACCCAGAUCACAAAACUGAAUAGUCAAGUAACUGACAGCCAAGCAUUACUUCAUGAAAAAGAAGAAUUUAUAAAAGGAUUAAGAGAAAGCAGCCUUAGUCAGGUAAAAGAACUUGAGGAAAUGCUACAAAUUUCAGAAGAGAAACUUAAGAAGAGCGAUGAAAUAAUGAUUGAAAAAGAAGCACAGAUUCAGAGGCUUUCCAGUUUGGCAGAAGAAAGCAAUAAGUUACAACAGCACAUCUUGGUCCUGGAGCAGCAGUAUGCAGAGCAGGGGAAUCGACUGGAGGCUGAAAUAGCUGCCCUUGGGAGAGCUCGAGAGUCUGAGAAAACAUCAGCAAGCCACCAGAUACAACUGCUAGAAGAAGAAAAUGCAAACCUUAAAGAAAAUAGAAAUGAAUAUGAAAAUUCUUUAGAAGCCCACAAGCUUGAGUUGAAGAAAUUGAAGGAGGAGUGGAGCCAGAGAGAAACUGUUAGUGUGGAAAUUGCGAAGGCACUGGAAGAAACCCGGAAACAAAGGGAAGAUCUUCAACAGCAGGUUGCUGAUCUAACAACAUUAAUAAAUGAGAAAGAACAGUUUCUCAAUGAGAAAACCGAAGCUAUUCUCCAAAAAGAAGAAGAAAUUGACCAGCUGAAGAAAGGGCAUGACAUUGUCCUACUACAGAUGCACCAGUUGCAGAGUGACAUAGAGGCCUGCAGGUGUAAAGAAGCCAAAAGGGAAGAUUCUGAAGGAAAAGAGGUGAAUGUGUUGAGGCUGCAGAUAGAAGAGGAGGAGGAAGAGGAAACCCUUCAAGCCCAGGGUGAGCCAAAUGUAAUUGUUUAUGGAGAAACAGCAAAGGAAUUGAGUGAUGAUUUAUACCCACUCUCAAAUGAUGAAAGAACAUUGAACGGAGAAGUGGAUUGUGUUGAUAUGGUACAACUACAGAAAGAAAACCGAGACUUGGAGCAGCAGAUCAUAGAGAAAAACAAGACUAUAAAGCAGCUGCAGCAGAGAAUGUUAGAACUCAAAAAGACCCUGCAGAAGGAGCUGAAAAUUCGGCCUGAAAAUGAUAUCUUUGAAGUUCGGGAGAAACCCAAUCCUGAAGUGCCUACUGCUUCCACAACUGUCACCAAUAACUCAGACUUAAAUGAUUCUCGAGAGAUAAAUUUUGAGUACCUCAAGCAUGUGGUUUUAAAAUUCAUGUCCUGUCGGGAAUCAGAGGCUUUUCAUCUCAUUAAAGCCGUGUCUGUGCUACUGAAUUUUUCACAAGAGGAGGAAAACAUGCUUAAAGAGACUUUGGAGUAUAAGAUGUCGUGGUUUGGGUCCAAGCCAUCUCCCAGAGGUAGCAUUCGGCCAUCCAUCUCGAAUCCCAGGGUGCCAUGGUCUUAAAAGAAACCUGAGAAUGGAAAUUCCAUGUGUAGCCACUUUUUCUAUGAAAAGAACACAGCACACCAGUCUGGGUGGGUUUUUUAAUCACUGUAAUUGCAGUAUUUUGUACAAGCUUUGAAACAUUGUUUACAAGACAAGUAAUGGUUAGAGCUUCCUUCAUUGCAAACUGACAGCCGCAGAAUAGGGCCGAUUUCAGAAAUUGGGCCAGUUUUGAAAGGAAGGGGUUGCUUUCCAUGGGCUUUUGUGGGUGGGAUGACAAGUAGCUAAUGGGAAACCCCUCUUUCACACAGUGCUGCUAUAAAUCCCCACUUUGGGCCCCAGAGGGUUUGCAUGUGGAUUUCUCUAACCCCAAAUGCUAGCACUUAAGCGUUGUAACUAUUAGUGUCUGUCCAGAAGGCUCAAUGUCAGUGGACAGCUAGUGCUGUGAGGGGUUAAAGUGACUGACAUUAGUGGUACAGGACAACCUGAUUCCUCCAAGUUGCGUCUUGCUGAACUUCUCAGAACCCCCGUGUGGCUUCACAUGUUUUGUAAAGAAUUCCUUGGCAUUUCCCUUCUAGUGGUUUGGAUCGCAGGGAGGGUAAAAUAAUAAAAUGCCCUUAAUCCCUCCCACCAAUUCCUGAAGCUAGGUAUGUCCUGACUUCAGAGAGUGUCAGAAGAUAGAUUUAUGCCUUGGGGGCUGAUAUUAGGGAUAUGCAACUUUCUGGAGGGAUCUCGUUUUACUUUUCUUAAAGAAAAAAAAUAUUUAAAAGGGUGUUAAUACAGUACUGAAUAUACUCAGUUGCCUUUUUAAACUCAUAUAUGUCUUGUACAGGUUGCUGGUAAACCAUUUUAAAGCAUACUUUUUAAAGCCAAAUUUGCUUGUAAACAUUUCUUGUCUUGCAGUCAGUUUACCAGUGUUCUUAGAGAAAAAUCAGAGAGGUAAAAGGAAAUGCCUUCCCUCCACGAUUCUGUCUUUUCCACUUCAAUUCCAUAGCACUCUUGGACAAUCUCCUGGGAAAUCAGUAUCUUAUUUGUAGUAGAUUUGGAUUUGCUCCUGAUUCUAUGCACACUUGAGACUCUGAGCAAACCUUGAUAUGGUAAGGACAAAAUAUAUUGCCCCUUCUACCCUCAGGCCACAAGCCCAGUUGGAGAUGGAGAACUGCAGCACACCCUUGAUUGCCUUUUACAUAAAAACACUAAGCCUCCAAUAUGUUUAUAAACACACUACAGAUUGUAUGUAACAUAUAUGGGAUUUGCAAAGCUGGCUACCUUGAAAUGCUCUGGCUGUGAUUGGCAGGGACCAUUCUAUUUACCAGCUACUUCUAAGGAAAAGUCCACAUGUAUUCAGCAUAAUAGUAGGAUCUUAAAAUUCAUCUGAAAAGAUCAUUUCAGAACAGUUUGUAGCUUGCUCAAGGCUUCAUCAUGGUUAACCACUGACUUAAGAACCAGUUGCAGGACCAUAUAUAUGUGAAUGUUUCCCAGGCUCUGUUUUCACCAAAUGGUUAUUUCUUCUUGCCAAGAAACGAGGAAGGGAGAUGUUUUCAGAGCAAAAUAAAGAUGUAUAUAUGCCUGGUAUUCCCAAAGAAGCGGACAGCAUCACUCUCUCCACAGCUCAGUGCCCAUAUUCAAGUCUAUCCCAGCUGUCUCUCACCCAAGGGGAGGCUUUAAAAGGCUGAUCAAUUCUUGCCAGGUCUGUGAGCUGAAAUAUUAUUUCUAAUUAUAACAUGAGAACAUGUUUAGAAGCAUUUUUUUUUCUGAACAAGAGGCACUCCUACACAGAACUAAGUUUCUUUUACUUCUAAUACGUUCAGCAUAUGUUCAGCAAAUUUGCCCAGGGGAAAGGAACUAUGAAGAUGAGGUUAUGAUGGGCAAGUCUGAGCAGCUACAUACUCAGCUCAAACACACCCUAGAUUGGAGUCACACGGACCCUGCUCCUUCCCACCUGAGUCAUCUGACCACACCGUCUCUUCCCCUUGGUGCAGGUUAAUUAUAUAGUUUUGGGAAGCUACUAACUAGGUCUCUGGGUACUUAAGUAUUUUACAACUGAACUAAGGAUUCCUUGCAUGUCGAUUUUUAACUUAAGAGCAAGAGUGGUGUAAAUAUAUACUGAGUGAUUGACUGGACACACUUUGACAUGUAUAAACAACACAAAAAACCCUACUACAGUAACACAGUCCGUAUGUAUAAUCCUUUAUCUGAGCAUUGGCUCUGGGUCUUUCCCUUCAUGUUGUAAACAUUCAUUGUAUUAUGUAAAACUGUUGAAUUCAUUUGUGGUGCAAUAAUAUUUUUUGUUGAUUAAAGCUCUUAAAUCUA